AUGUCGAGCGACUACGAAUUCUCCGACGAGGACAACGAGUACUACGAUGAGGACGAGGAGAUGAGAGAAGGAGAUGAGGAUGGUGAGUCCCUGUCUCCACGGCGCUACUUCACCAACACCGAACAUGCCGCGGUUCGUUCAGCAUCGUCUGAGGCUGACGAUAUGGAGUUGGACGCAUUCAAUGAGGAGAUCAAGUUGCCACAGAAGGGAAAGAAGAAGGCAUAUGAAGUCGAGUACGACGAUUUCACCCAACAGGCGGUCGAGGGCCUCAUGAAGGCCGAUAUGGACCAUAUCGUCUCGUUGUUUGGCGUCAAUUCCGAUACAGCUUCUCUACUUUUGCGGUACAUCGACUGGAACAAAGACCGACUCAUCGACAAAUAUCUCGACAACUCCUCAGCGAUCUCUAUCGCCGCCGGCAUUACCCCUGCUCCACCACCAGCCAAAUCCCCCUCCCCAGGCCCCGAACGCUCCAACCGUCGCGUCACACGAUCUUCCAAACCUGCCACUCCGCUAUCGAAGAAGUCGUCCGCUCCUCCAGUCGAAUCCGAACCCUUCGUUUGCCCCAUCUGCUUCGAUGACACCCAGACCGACACGCUCGCUCUCGCAUGUGAACACAGUUUCUGUGCCGGGUGCUGGGGCGCUUACGUCGAGAGCAAGAUUCGCUCGGAAGGCGAACACCGCAUUACCUGCAUGGCCGAAGCCUGCUCCGUCGUCGCUCCCGAUACCUUCGUCCGUCGAGCCCUAGAAUCAUCCGAUGCCGUUGCAGACCCCAAAGGCACCUGGUCUCGCUUCCAAGAUCUCCUCAUCCGCCACUUCGUCUCGUGCAACCCGAACUUGAAGUUCUGCCCCUACCCGUCCUGUACGCACACCGUGUCCUGUCCGUCCGCGGCGACGAAGAGCUCGCUGUUGAGUCUCGUGCCGACGGUGACGUGCGGUGCGGAUCCGAGGCAUAGGUUCUGCUUUGGGUGUUCGGUGGAGGGUGAUCAUAGGCCGGUGCUUUGUGCGGUGGCGAAGAUGUGGUUGCAGAAGUGCAGGGACGAUUCGGAGACGGCGAAUUGGAUCAAGAGUAAUACGAAGGAGUGUAGCAAGUGUCAGAGCACGAUCGAGAAGAAUGGGGGUUGCAACCACAUGACUUGCAAGAAGUGCAAGUAUGAGUUCUGCUGGGUGUGCAUGGGCCCUUGGUCUGAGCAUGGCACUGCUUGGUACUCUUGCAACCGCUACGACGAGAAAGCUGGCGUCGACGCUCGUGACGCUCAGUCUAAGUCUCGCGCUUCUCUCGAACGUUACCUCCACUACUACAACCGUUGGGCCAACCACGAGCAAUCCGCCAAGCUCUCCGUUGAGCUCUACGCCAAGACGGAGAAGAAGAUGGAGGAGAUGCAGAUCAGCACGGAAUUGACCUGGAUCGAGGUUCAGUUCAUGAAGAAGGCGGUGGACGAGGUGGAGAAGUGUAGGACUACGUUGAAAUGGACGUAUGCUAUGGCUUAUUACCUUGAGAAGGGCAACGAGAAAGAGUUGUUCGAGGACAACCAGAGGGACUUGGAGAAGGCUGUCGAGGACUUGUCUGAGUUGCUUGAGAACCCCAUCGACGCGGAGACGAUUCCUACGUUGAGGCAGAAGGUGACAGACAAGACCGUAUACGUCUCGAAGAGGAACGAGAUCUUGCUCGAGGACACGGCGGCGGGAUACAACGAGGACAGGUGGAAGUGGAACUCGCCAAUGGAUGCUUAAGUGUGCGGUUUCCUGCUGCUCCUGGUCUCCACCGUCCGCAUCCAGACAAGUCUGCGAUUUGGCCCCCUCUGGACCCUCGCUGUGCCAUAGAAGUACUCGGACCUCGUUGUACUCUUCCCCAGCCUCUUUCCACGGACAGUUCACUUCAUUCCAUCUUCCUGUCAUAUCCCUCCCCCGCCUCUUCACCGUCUUACUAUUUAAUAGAAUCACCGUAGUCCAGUUCAAUGUACACCAGCUCACUAAAUCAUACACAUACCUCUCCACUUCCUCUCCUCUCGCCCUAACGCUAUUUGUCCCUCCAUCACGAAGUCUUUCCGGAUACAUACGAGUUAUUUACCUCCCCUUGCUGUUCUCGCUCGCUGUUUAAAUGAUGUUCAUUGUUACGAUCCUCUACCACCGUUCCUGCCACAAUAUCACGCCG